UACAUUAGGCUGCUUUCUUCUGUUGUUCACUUUCUUUUCUCUUGCUUUGUAUGUAGGAGCUUUUGAGGUACGUCUUCUGGAUCUGAUAUUUAUCCAAUAGUUACCUCAGCUGUUGUGUUUUUCGUAUGUAAAUAUUAAAGAGAAAUAUUCCUACCUACUGAAUUCAUCUGAUUUUAUUUCUGCCACCAGUUGCGUAUGCAAGUCCUGACAAAGGAACUGAGAUCAAGUGAACAAGGGUAAAAGUAAAAUCUGGUGUCUCUCUGUAUACUUUGAUCGAUUGUGGCCUCUCAAGCUGCCUGACUGCUCUUUAAGAGGACCAACCAUUAUUCAUGAUGUCACAAGGAAAAUCAAGCCUCCGUUUUGUCACCUGGAACACUCGUGGUAUAAGAAACCCAGACGAAAAGUUUUCACAAGUGUUGCAAAAACUCAGUAAUCUUCAGGCUGAUAUUGUUUUUAUACAAGAGACACAUGUUGGGCCAAAACAUUACCAAAUCUUGACAGAUGUUAAAGAUUGGAAAGUCUACUUCACUGUAUGCAGACCUUCCAGCAAAGGAGUCGCAAUACUGAUAAAGAAAACCAUACCUUUUGAGUACAUAAGCUAUGACGAAGACUGUUGUGGGGGUUACAUUGUGCUCUUCUGUCGUCUUUAUGGUGAAUUGUACACUCUUGUUAACGUAUACAAUCAAAAGGACGACAGAUUUGUCUUGGGUAGACUGAAAGAGUAUUUGAUGCAAACAGCUGAGGGUGUGCUAGUGGUGGGAGGUGAUUUCAACACAGUUUUACAUCCCUGCUUAGAUCGGAGUCCUUCAGAUUUAAGGCAUUCACCAUUUAGAGCUAAUUUAGAGGACUUUGUGGUUUCUUUGAAUCUCAGAGACACCUGGUCAUACAAACACCAGGACAGUGAUGGUUUUACACGACAAGAUACAAAGAGUUAUUCCAGGCUAGACAUGUUUUUCAUGCACAGUGACACAUUGGCACAAGUUUGCGAUAUCUCAGUAAAGCCAGAUCAAAUUUCUGAUCAUAUGCCGGUUGUCCUGGAUCUUGAAAUCCAGCAUUCAAAAUAUCCCUCAGGAUCAGAUAGUACAUAUGGUGAUCAGGAAUCCAAGAGGAUAUCAGGGAAGAUUAGUGGUGCAGAAAUACUGAGUGCCAUCAAGACUUUGGCUAACCAUAAAGAACAAAAUAUUGAAAGAUUAAAGAAACAGUACUACCAAAUGUUAAUGUCGAAUCAAAUACUUAAAGAUUUCAAUAAAUCUCGUCGUUCAAAAGACGGACACAUCUUCAACGUAGAAUAUUUAAUAUUCUCUCAAAUUUUAGCCAAGCGCCUUAGUGUUUUCAUUACUCCUUCUUUCAAAGGAAAGAUAGCAAAAAAACUUGAUAUAGAUCUUUAUGUGACCUUUGCCAAUACAGAAUUGUGGGAAAUCAAGUGGUCUUACAUUCAGAGGAUACUUGAAUACUUGAAAAAAAAAAAGAUCCCCUAUGCUCCACCAGCAAAGUUUGGCAUUCUGGAUUCCCUACUUCCUAAAAGAAAGGAUCAGGAUCAUAAAUACAGACUUCUGAAGCCUGGUUGUCCUCUCACCAACACCAUCCUUAAUCUGGCUCUGAAACAUUUGGGAAGUAUGGUUUCCCUUCAUGACCUGAAAUGUAAGGACGUUGGAGAGAAACGAUGCAAGCGUCACAAGGCUGCAUGUAAGGAGAUCAGGUCUAUGGCCAGUACUUGCUUUCAAAGGCAGAUUCUGCUGAUAAAUACACAGUCAACAGCAUAUAAGAAAGUGCUUCAGACAGUUAAGGAUUUCGAAAAAAUUUCAGGACUUAAAAUAAAAAUAAAAAAAAUAAAAAAUCAAUAAACACCGUCAAGGUAUAUAGAAUAUAUAAAGACUGGACAGUUCACAUAGCUUCAAUUCUCUCCCAAAGCUCUCUCCAGAAUCUUUUAAUCAGUUACAAAACUUGCAUUGUAUUGUAUAACUUGUAUGUUCAUUGUGCAUAUUUUUGGUCAUUUUAAAUUAUGGUUUUUCACCUUUAUUAAAAAAAAUAUUUUCAGAAAUUCAUAUUAGAAAGGAUCUAUCCUAAUUACAUUCAGACAGUAGUGUUAUAUAAUUGAGAAUAUCGCUGUUACACUUUUGACACUAUGUCCAUCAAAGUUUUUUGUUCAUUCUGCUAUGUAACAAGCCUAAAAAAUGCAUAGGGUUUAUGUUGCUACAGUAAUAUACUCCCUGGAUGAGACAACAGUCUCACACACAGCUAUGUGCUUGUUUUUUGACGGUGUCAUGAAAACCGUGAAGAUUUGUAUUAUAUUAUAGAGACUGAUUAGAUGGAAAAAGAAUUGGAAAGCAUUUUAUACAUAUCUUGAUAGUAAAGGGUCAAUUAUGGCAUCCAAAAAUAAAAGUUCAUAGAUUCUGUGUUAGCAGAAUAUUUUCCUGAUGAGUGAUGGCUUAUGAACUAUACAGCUAGUCAGGCUAGGUUAAGCACAAUGAACUUAUUAUUAGCUCUUUUCAUCAGUUAAAAUCCUUAUUUUUUACUCUUUAGACACUUCUUGAUUUUCACUUUCUUAGAUUUUUGACUCCAUAUUUUUACUUUUAUUUUAGUACAGUUCUAGUUACCGUUGGCAAUUAAGACUGGACUCAAAUUUACUGGACUCAAUAUUGUAUAUGUUCAAUUCUGUACAAGAAAUACAUUAACUCUUUUAGCUGCAAAGGAAUCUGUACUUGUAUUUCAGAAUGUGGUGACUGUAGAGCUAGGAAACUUUUUUUUUUUUAAAAGAAAACAGCUUUACAUUGAUGAGACAAAAUUUAAAGCUAGUCAUAAAACUCUAGACUUUCACUAAAUUUAAUGUUAUGCUUUUAUGCUAUAAGAAUUUUCAUAUUUUUUUAUUGAUCAAAAACACAACUUCUCAAGCAAGCUUGAGUUUCUUAAAAGAUUCGACAAUACAGUGUGGAAACAUGCAAAUGCAAAUGGCAUGCAAAUGGUGUACAAAUGUUCAUGUAUACAUUAGGCUGCUUUCUUCUGUUGUUCACUUUCAUUUCUCUUGCUUUGUAUUUAGCAGCUUUUGAGGUGCGUCUUCUGGACCUGAUAUUUAUCCAAUAGUUACCAAAGCCAUUGUGAUUUUCUUAUGUAAAAUAUUUAUGAACAGAUGAAUACCUUGUGCAUAUUUCCAAUAUGAAUGAUAAAUACUAUAAUUUUCUAGCCUACAGUAGAUUAAGUUGACACUAAUAAUACAUGAAGUCCUUGAAGUUUGAAAUAUGUUUAAAUGAUUCAUUAAAAAUGAGUGAAUCCAGAGUUUCUAUUUCACAUAGGUUAGAUUUGACUAUGCAUAAGCAGAUGACAUUUCUUAUUCAUGUCUUUUCAAAUGUAUGUAGGCUUGGCUAAGGAUGUUUGACUAUACAGUAGACUAGAUUUGUUGAGUUGUGGCUGUUUCAUGUAUAAUGUUCAUGUAUACAGUACAUUAGGCUGCUUUCUUCUGUUGGUCACUUUCAUUUCUCUUGCUUUGUAUGUAGCAGCUUUUGAGGUGCGUCUUCUGGAUCAGAUAUUUAUCCAAUAGUUACCAAAGCUGUUGUGUUUUUCUUAUGUAAAAUAUUUAUGAACAGAUGAUUACCUUGUGCAUAUUUCCAGUAUGAAUGAUAAGUACUAUCAUCUUCUAGACUAGAUUAAGUUGACACUAAUAAUACAUGAAGUUCUUGAAGUUUGAAAUAUGUUUAACUAUUUGUAUAUUUUGAGACAAUAUAUUUAAAUUCAAGACAUUAAAUACUAGAUAAGUAAUCUUUAGGUACAUGCAGAUUGUGUACUGGUAAAAACUUAAUCAUUUUAGAUUAAACUACAAGCAGCAUUUACGCUUAAGAUUAAGAUUUGUAAUCUAUCAGUAAAUGCAUCUCAAAUUCCUGUGCUUGUUAAUACAAUAUUAAAUAAAUAAAAUUGUGUACAUUUAUCUUUAUAUGAAAGAUACAUAGCUACAUAUUUGGAUGAUGUUUAUGUCUGCAUACUUCAAAUCAUGUUUAUGAAAUCCUUUUUUUUUUUUGGCAGAACUAACAAAUAUAUUUCAUCAUUUUCUCUGUCACUGGACUUUAUGCCAACAUUUAAGCAGUGGUAUAAUAAAC